AUGUUUUGCCACAGCUUUUCGAGAAACAUUAAUGAACUCCUUUUUAACAGAUUCAAUUGUUACUUUUUGAAAAAUGUUCAAGUAAGAAAUCACAAAAUAGUUAAACCUAGGAAUAUUAUUAAGCUAUGGAAAAUUAAUAAGGGAGAUGAAGUUAAGGUGAUAUCAGGAAAGGAUAAGGGCAAAGUAGGAGAGGUAUUAAGUUGUGAUAAAUUUAGAAAUAUGGUUAAGGUAAAAGGAUGUAAUUUAAGAAAAAUAUAUCUCGAUAAUAAAUUUGUUUAUAUUGAAAAAAAAAUUCAUUAUUCAAAUGUACAGUUGAUAGAUGAUUUUUUAAAAACAAAUACGAAAGUGUGCAUUAGGUACACAGAUGAUAAUCAGAUUAUACGAAUAUCAAAAAAAUCGGGAAUUGUCAUUCCUUGGCCUUCUAAGACAAAUAAAGAGGAUGACUUUGAGGACGUCGAGGAAAACCCAUUAGACACGCCACCUCAGGAGGCCCUCAAAAAGACGUAUGACUACAAAACGGAUGUCAAGUUCAUGAAUAUAUUAAGACAAACGAUUAACAAAUACAAUAGGGAGUUGUCAUAG